UUUCCCCAGAAAUAAUUUGGUUCGAUUAAACAACAUAAUGUCUAGAAAAAAAGGACUGAGAGAUAAAUUCAACCAAGAAGCUGAAGGGUCGAAAAACGCAGGUUCCAAUGAGUUGUCAGCAAUUCUGACUUUUGAUACCUAUCAGUGCACUGGAAACGUGGAGGUCGACUUUCCUGCGCUUUGUGCUCUCCUGAACAUAAAGGAAAUCUUAGCUGUCAGGACCAAACAUCCACACUCCACCACUGAUAAAAAUGAAGGCGGUGUUCAGGACGACCUUCCAGAGAUGAAGACCUUAAAUAUCUGGUCUAAGCCGUGUUUAAACAUUGAGCUGGAAAACGAAGACCCCCUUAGUGCCAAGAGGAUGUGGAUUUCUGGAUGUAAGGUAAGUGAGCAGACCUACAGAGCCAUGCAGAAGAUGCUCCCCUCCAUGAACCACCUUCAAAGCCUUCAGUUUUGGCAGGCUGGACUCACCGAUCCGAUGGUGAUUUCCCUCACUAACACGACAUCUCUGUGCUCCAACCUGAGAGAGGUGUCACUGGAAGGCAAUCCUCUCCCAAACCUGAGCUUCCACCAUCUGCUCUCUGAAGACAGCAAAUUCACCCAGGUGUCCUUGCGGAAUAAUCGGAUCGGAGAUGAAGGCGCCCGCCUGAUAGGUUCGGCUCUCUCCACCAUUAAAUCGGCUAAUAAAAAUCUUCUCUGGCUCAACCUGGCAUUCAACAAUAUUGGGGAUGAGGGUGCUGCACAUAUUGCAAAGAUUGGAGACCUUGGAGCUGCCCAUCUGGCUGAGAUAAUCGGGGAGUUUUCUCUCACACAUGAGGAAGUGGAAAGAAGAAAACUCCUGUUUCAGAGAAUACAGGCUUCUGCUCCUAGGGCUGAUCUUGAGCAACUGUCUUCAAGCCAGCUUUCCCCAGAACACCCUGCCUCACACAAAAAGUCGAGGAAGAGCACGUCUCAAAAAGAGCAGAAAUCUGCCAUGAAAGAUGGAAAAACUGCAGCAGUCAAGGAAAAGCCUCACAAGAAAGCCUCUGAUAAAAAGGAAGCUCGCAGCCGGAGUGUAACUAACGGAGGCAGAGAGAAACUGUUACCUGCUCUUGAGGAUAAAUCUGUUUCCAACCUGAGUGAGGCAGAAACCAUGGAGACAGGAACCCCCCUGCUGGACCCUUCAGUGUAUCACAAGGAUGGAAAGCUCUUCCUGCCUGGAAACACGACGCUCGAAUCCCUCAAUCUUUCAGGAAACAAAAUUACAGAGAAGUCUCUACCCCUGUUCCUGGCAUCUCUGGAAAAGCAGCAGGAAGUUGGAGGGAACCUGUGGCGUCUUUGUCUACAGGGAAACCUCUUCCCUACAGACUCACAGUGUUACACCCAGAUAAAAGAAAUGGUGGCCCUCAAAAAUCCUCUGGCCAAAAGUGGAUCAACUGUUUGAAGAGGAGGGAAAAUCUGAUAUAGAAGAAGAAAAUUGACUUUGUUGUCUUAUAAAAUAAGAGGCAAUAGGAAUGUUUUUUUUUUUUUUUUUUUACCACAGUUAAACUUACUAAAAGUAGAGAAA